CAUGUGAUCUGUAAUGAGGAAGUUAGAGGCGGUGAGUCAUGGGAAGAUAGUCCUCUUCGUAACUGCUGUUUUUUUGGUGUUUGUGUUUUUACGGCCUUGACAUGUUUUACACGGAGGUCGUUCUGGGAUUCAAACUGCUCCUCUUUCUGCACGUCGUCGCUCAGUUCAGGAUUAAUGGACAGCAGAAGUGGCCCGUACCCUACAGGCGUUUCGAUCGUCGGCCUGAUGUGGACUCUUACUGUCAAGCUCUCUAUCCGUUCUGCCCCACCGGAGACCCAGAUGGACGGAUUCCCUACAUGAGAGACAGCGACACCAUCUCGGUGUAUCGGCUGCAGACUCCAGUGUGGGAAUUCAAGUAUGGAAGUUUGCUGGGAAAGUUUCACAUCAUGCAUGAUGCUGUUGGGUUCAGCAGUGCAGAGACAGGAGCCAACUACACCAUGGAGUGGUACGAGCUGUUUCAGCUUUGCAACUGCACUUUUCCUCACCUCAGACAAGACGUGUACGCACCUUUCUGGUGCAACCAGGGAGCUGCCUGCUUCUUUGAAGGCAUCGAUGAUUUACACUGGUCACAGAAUGGCACCUUAGAGAAAAUUGGAGUAAUCACAGGGCAGCAGUUCAACGACAUGGCCCGCUGGGUGCAGGAGGACAACGAGACUGGGAUCUACUACGAGACGUGGGCAGUUCGGUCUGACCCCAGCCCCAACGCCACGGUGUGGUUCGAAUCCUAUGACUGUUCCCAGUUUGUCCACCGCACAUACAGGAAGCUUACAGAGCUGGGAGCCAAACUAUCCAGCCGAUCACAGACCAACUACACCAAGAUCUACCUGUACAGCGGAGAGCCCACGUACCUCGGCAAUGACAGCGCCAUUUUCGGACAGCCUGCUCUGAAAAAUCUGGCAUUGGACAUCCGUAAAUUUUACCACACAUUUAGGCCACACCAGACAUUUGCAGAUGCCAUGAUCAGUCUGCUGGAGGCUUUUGAGACGGUCGUGUUGGAAAGGAGCUUCUACCUCUACUACAACUUUGAGUACUGGCAUCUGCCAAUGAAACCUCCAUAUGUGCGGAUUACAUAUGAAGAAGUGCCUUUGCCUUAAAAUCCCAUUUGACUACUAAUUUUUUAUUUUAUUGGUAAAUAGUAUUAGCUGAAAGGCUAAUGACAACAAUAUUAACAUAAACUUCAAUGAAUGGUUAAUUUUUUUCUUCUAUUUGGAAAUGGCAGGCAAGAAAAAACUUUCAACUAAGUUGUCACAUGACUAUGAAGUCCUUCAAAAGCUAAAUACACCCCACGAUUCAGUGGCUUGCAGAAGUAACUAGUCAUUGUUUUCUAUAUGACUUACAUAUACAUUACAUUACUGCAUCAUUACAUUAUUCAUCAGUGCACAACCUUCCUAAGGUCCUGCGUAGCCUUUUAAUCAGCUUGAUGUCUGAACUGUGGCUCGGUCAUAAUAAUAACAACAACAACAAAAAUUCAGCUAUUUCGUUGUAGACUUGCUGCUGUGCUUGAGAUCUCUGUCCACUUGGAGUAUGCAAUUUUAGCCAAGCUUUAGCUUAUAUUCUAGUCAGAUGGCCUCACAUUUGUCACUAGAAUACUUUAGUAUACAGAGUUCAUGGUUGGCUCAGUGACUGCAAGGUCCUCAGGUACUGUGGCUGCAAAACAAGCCCAAAUCAUCACCCCUCCACCACCGUGCUUGACAGCUGGUAUGAAAGAUUUAUGCUGAUAACACUGUGCUGUGCAUUAUGGCCGCUUUGGUCUUAUCUGUCCAAAGGACAUUGUUGCAGAACUCCUGUGGUUUGUUCUGAUGCAACUUUGCAAAGCUAAGUCAUGCUGUCAUAUUCUUUUUAGAAAGAAGAGCUGCUCACACUUGCUGAUGUUAAUCAAUUAAUCAAGUGCAUUUGAUUAGCAUCACCUAGCUGCUACUUAAUUCCUGUGGAAGCAUUCAGGGUGUACUUAGUUUUUUGGAGGACCUGAGUCCCGUGAAAAGUUUCCACACAACUGUAGCUGUUCGAAAGGUUUCAAUCAUAAAGGAUAAAACCUCACUUUCUUCAAGAGAAAACAGAUUUCAAUUCAGUAUUUCUCACCAAGGAGCAUUAUGUACAGAUCUGCUGAGUGCAUUUCCUGCUUCAUAACAUUCUGUGUUUGUAAUACCAGUUUAAAAACAAACAAAAAAAACCCCAAAAAAAAACCAGCACUUCUGGACUUUCCAGUGUUUAAAUGUUCGGAAACAUUUAGCAGGACUUUUCCUGGCCGAGAAGUGGCGUUUGUGGGUUGACUACAUGUUUAAGUGCGAUCAGUCCACACACAGUAAAAGCAGGGAUUCUGGGUUAGCUUAUUUGACAAAAAUCUGCAUUUUCCUGUUAUUUUUGGACAUAUGAUGACAAAAAAAGAGACUUCUUGAUAAAUAAAAGAUGCAUGUACAACCCCA